UCUCUGUAGAAGUCAAUGUACUUUCUUUUUAUUAGUUUCCUUUGACUUGUUGUAAUCUUGUGACGAAAAGUCGGCUCUCGUUUAAAAUCCGUCCUUUAACAUCUCCAUCCACUAUUACUUCCAAAACCUUUGCGCUGCUGUAUGACAUCUACAUUCCUCUUCUGCUCAAAGAAGUCUCAUUGCGGUCGGGUUCAAUUCAUAGUACGAACAACCACGCAACAGAAAAAAUAGGAUUUCAGCAGAAAAGAAUCAGAUUGGAGCAUAAAGGCAUGUUGUGUAAACUAGCGUCAAAAAACCAAGAGGGAAAAUGCCUGGCAGAAAUCAAACAGAAAUAAACUAUGAAACUAAACAAAAAGGAAUUAACAUACAGUAUAUGACACCUUUACAACCUCAAUGAAGACAGAGAAAUGAACUGAAUAUGACAAGGCCUAUACAACAUAAACAAAACAGGAGAAUGAGCAAAACACAGACACCUGCAGAUCCACUUUUCUGUCUGACUACUUUCAAACAAAGGCCACUGGACCCAAUGAAACCUUUAAAAAAAAUCUAAUCACAGUGCAGCCAACUCUGUGUGACGCCAGUCGACUGUAUUCUGCCAUCUCUCCUCCUCCCUCACGUUCGCUCUCACGCAUGUGGGCGGAGGUUAAUCGGGUUUCUGAAACCACAGCCGCUUCCAAGCACUGGGGCUGAGAGAGACGUGAAAAGUGAAUGGGAUUUGGAUCCUCAGUUGUCACGGCACCAUCAAGCACCGCCAAACAAAUGGAAGACUUGGAUAGCAAGAACCAACUAGAGGGACUAGCUAGGGAUGAAUGUGCAAUGAAGGGCUGGUACUGUAAGGAGGAAAAGGAAGUGAUGUGCGCAGACAGAGUGGGCCAAAUGACAAAGACCUACAAUGAUAUUGAUGCUGUCACACGUCUGUUGGAGGAGAAAGAGAGAGACCUGGAACUGGCUGCAAAGAUCGGUCAGUCUCUUCUCAAGAAGAACCGAACUCUGACUGAACAGAAUGACUACCUGGAGGAGCAAGUGGGGCAGAUCACUGAGGAGGUGGCCCAGCUUCACCAUGAGCUCAACCUGAAGGACGAGCUGCUUCAGUUUUACACCAACGCAGUGGAGGAGUGUGAGGACGAGUCCGCCACUUCCCCCACGGGCAAGAAGAGUAAAGCAGAAACAGCUUCAGGAGUCUUUCUUAGUGACACGCUCCAGAGGAAACUCAAAGAGCUGGAAGAGGAGAACCUGUCACUCCGCUCAGAGGCCAGCCAUCUUAAGUCAGAGACGGAAACGUAUGAAGAAAAGGAGCAGCAGCUUGUCAGUGACUGUGUGAAAGAGCUCCGGCUGUCCAGUCUGCAGAUCUCUGCUAUCGCCGAGGAAUUGGCCCGGAAAACCGAGGAUGCCUCCCGUCAGCAGGAGGAGAUCACGCACCUCCUCUCUCAGAUAGUAGAUCUCCAAAAGAAGGCUAAAUCUCUGGCUGUUGAAAAUGAGGAGCUAUCUCAGCACCUAGUGGCAGCAAAGGAUGCUCAGAGGCAGCUUACAGCAGAGCUGCAGGAGCUGGAGGAGAAAUACUCGGAGUGUAUUGAGAUGCUGCAUGAAGCCCAGGAGGAGCUUAAGAACCUGAGGAACAGGAACUACCCUGCAGGAACUCCCCGACGCUACCACCCACUGGGUCUCUACCCAAUGGAUUCUCUGGCGGCGGAGAUCGAAGGAACAAUGAGGAAGGAGUUGAGUCUGGACGAUCCUGAGUGUGAAGAGCAGAAGAUCCACCGGAAGCGAGUGUUUGAGACGGUGAAGAGUGUGAACCAAACCGUUCGCCAGCGCUCGCUCACUCCGACCAACUCCAACAUCCCAGGCUCCAACCAAUCACUGUCCACUCGGACGUCACCCCAGUCCAGCGGCCUCUCCACACCUCACUCCGCCAUGUUUGGCGGGGACAUCGUCGGAGACGGUGUCGCCUACGACAACCGGACCCAGACCAUUCUCAUGGAGACAGCAUCCAAUCAGGACAACAGCUCAGAGUGCAGAGAGAAGAAGGCGAGCGGGGCAGAGGACCUGCGGCUGGCCCUGCGCCGCCUGUCUCUGCGCCGACAAAACAACCUGAGCGAGAGACGCUUCUUCGAAGAGGAGAGAGAGCGCCGACGGGGCAGAGUGCACGGAGCCCUCGACCACGACAACGUGCUGACCCCUUCUGACAGCAUCAUGUCGCUAGGAAACCUGAACCUGUGGGCCUCCCGGGGGCCGUACCUCCCCGACAAGCUACAGAUCGUCAAGCCGCUCGAAGGUUCAGCCAUCUUGCACCAGUGGCAGCAGCUGGCUCAGCCUCACCUCGGUGUGAUCUUGGACGCCAGGCCCGGCGUCGUGCCGAAGGGCUACAGGCCCCUUGAGCUGGAGCUGGAACAGGUGUACCCAUGGGGUGGUUUCGAGGAGGAUGAACCAGGAGAGCAGUACUUCCAGAAUCUGCCUACCUCCUCCUCCUCCUCUACGGCCUCGCCAGCUGUGCCUGCCAUCUCCAGCACGGGGGACACCAACCUCAGGCAUCCUCCAUGCAGCCUCGGCCCUCCGUCUCCGCCUUCCCCAUCCCCGUCUCCGCAUCUGAGCAACACCGAUGCGCUGGCUGCAUAUUAUCCAGGAAAAUGCAUGGCCCACACCAGCUCCACUUACACCUUCACAACAUGUCGGAUCCUCCAUCCAACGGACGAACAGACGCGCGUCACACCAAGUCUGAACCCCGUCUCCACGUCGUCUUCCUGUGUGAUGACCAGCAGCCUGUGGGGAACGCCCGCCGCCACGCCCUGCACGCCGCGCAGGCUCAGCCUCAGGCCCUCUGAAUCAUCCACCAACCUCAGAGAUGGAACGCGCACCACCAGCACUUCCCUUGGGUUAGUGCGCCUCCUGCAGGAGCGGGGGAUCUCAGCGGCCAUGUAUCACCAGAGCCAGGGCCUGGAGUACAGCCAAGGCACUGGAGGAGUUCUGUUCAGCACCUCCAUCGCCCCCAACAGGGCAUCCAACACCGAACACCUCCGACCCGCCACCCCUCCAAACUCCCCGACGAGGCCCGGUGCCUCGGCCGCCACGACCUCUGAAGGCUUCGACUUCAAGAGCCCGUCGUACGACAACUUUCUGGCGUCCAAGCCGGCGCGCUCCAUCCUGAAGGAGGUGACGGGGACGAGAGGCCGGCAGAGAGCGAGGGACUGCGAGAGCCAAACGGACGUCAGCGUGGCCGUCCACAACCUCAACCUGUUGGACAAGGUGAAGCGGCUGGGCGUGGCCGGAGGCAGGGCAGCGAGCCCCAGUCCUCUGCUGGGGCCUCUGGGGGGGCUGCGCAGGUCUGGGUCCCCCUUUGGGCCGGAUGGAAUGAGAAGGAACAGGAGUUACCCGGCCAUGGUUGGCGCCAGCAUGGCCAUGAAGGCCCCGGGGCCCCAGGAAUAGUCCACACUGCUGCUGAGUGGGGAGAGCAGGAACCAGACCGGCUGCUGAGCGGUCGCCUGCAAGGUUUCAAGUAUAAACAACAACAAUCACUCUGCAGUUCUACUUGAAUUUUAUCCCUAGCACUAAUUUAACAGCCAGCUGAUGCCUGAUAUAAAGGGAAUUAAUUUAAAGAAAUAAAAGUCUAGUUAAUACAAACAAUUCAACCAUUCAGUGUAAAAGCAGUUUUACUUUUGUGUUCCUGAAUUUAAAAAAAUCUCUUUAAUGACGUGCAUGAUAUCAAAUUUGAUUUAUGAUUCUAUUCCAGGAAUCAUCUGGAACAUUUUGUCAUUUGUUUUUUUCCUAUGCAGUAUUUGGCUUGUUCAGAUUCUUGAUGUGGGGUUUCUGAUCAGAGGUUGCGACCUGUAAAUGUCUUGCUUUCAGCAGGAAGUAGUUAAUUUUCUUCCAGUUUUCUUAGUUAGCAUCUUUUCAACCUGACAGAAGUCUAGACUGUUUGUCCUUCAGGUUUUUAACUAUGUCCACAGCAUCAGGAAAGAAGCAAUAUGGGUUUUGUUAGCUUGAGCGCUAACAAAACCCAUAUUAUGUCAGCGCAUAGAUCGGAAAUUUUAACACGAUAUGUCACAAUGAUGCACUACACACAGUAAAGUACACUGGAUUUGGAGUUUGGUCCUCAAAAAAAAAAAAAAGAAAGAUAAGAAAUACAAAACGAACACCGAUACUUCACUAAAAGGAGAACAGGAAAUGAUAUGUUGGAGGGCAAACGAUGGAUCGAUAUGUUGAGGUUAUGCAACAGCAUCCUGAAAUUUAACCUAGCUUUGCAGCAAAUGUGGUAAGUUAUUUUAGUUAAUUCAUAAUUUGGGGACUUAAACUUUCAUACACAGCCAGGUUGGUUUAGAUAGCUUACCUCCCUUAACCACUGAAAAAAGCUAAAAAUAGCUUUUUGUAUUUAAUUUGGUUUAAAUCAAUAUUUGUUGGAUGAUAUAAAAACCUGAAGCGGAACAACUGCAGGAAGCAAGCAAUUUUCACAUUAAAAGACUGUGGUUGUCCAGAGUCUAUCAUCACAACAGCAUGUUGCGUUUACCCAGAUUCACUUGCUCACUGCAAAGCUAAUGACGUGUCCAUAAAAACUGUGUCCUUGAUUUUCACCAUGUCUUACUUGUGAAUCAGCUGGCUUAUUUGGACGGAUGUGUUUAGGUUUGUUGUUUUGUGUCUAACACGUGGGAUCAAUGUUACACACCACGUAUCAUGUGGCUCUUCUGUGUACAUAACUAAAGACUUUUCUGUAAAUAGCCUAUGCCAAGAUAAAGAUCAGCUAUUUUCAGCAGGGAAGAUACUGACUGAUCGAAACCCCUAAAGUAGCAUUUAUGCCAAAAACUUAUGAAAUGUUCCAGCUCUUAUUUUUUGGUGAACUGCAGUGCAAUACUCCUGUGCUUGACAUCUGCAUAUUUUUAAUUAUCUUGGAGCUUCUCAUUUCCACUGUGAGGCCUCAACCCUGACCUUUUGAAGCUAAUCCAAAGUAAGCCCUGGUUUUCUCAAACAAAAAAUAAAUAAACAGCUUAUAAUGUAUUAUCUGCUCAUUGCACUUUGUGUUUAUGGUAAGGAUUAGGCAUUCUUGUUGGAGAGCAAUUAUUUCGGUACAUGUAUCAACAAGAAAAGGCCUCGGAUUGUCACCGUUAGCACGUUAGCAUGCUUAUUUUAGGACACAGCUCACAGGAGCUAACUGCUUAAUGCUUACAAAAUGACUGAAAAUAUAUUUUAUGUAACUUUAGUUUAUAUAAGAAGGUCAAGCAACCCACCAGAACAAAAUUAUAGCCACAUCCACACAACACCCCUGCUUUGGAGGCCGACGAGUCUGCUGGCUAGAUGUAGCACUCCCACUCUGAAAUACACAAAGUCCCACACGCAUCCAGUCUCAGACAAGUGCACUCCCACUGUUUGGCUAUCUCCAGCUACUGAGGCGCUACAUUAUGCCUUUCUUCCUCUUCCCCACUGUACUGAAAUGCAGUUGUUGUUAUUUUUUAAAAUAAAUGUCAAAAUUUCAUAAAAUUUUGUCUCCUGAAUCCAAGCAACGUUAUCGCUCCACUUGAAGUGAACGGGUGAGAAUCUCCCAAGGCAUUUGGAAUAGUUUAUUGGGUCGAUAUCACUGCAUUCUAAAAGAUGCUUUUUCUUUGUUUAAUUGACCAUUAGACGGGGAAUUUGACAGAACUUCCACUGAAUUGGAUGAAUGAACGCACAGAAGCCACAGCUCACAAACAGGGCAGGGAGAUGGACUUGGGGUAAGUGAUUGUGGCGAGUUCAUUCAGUCUGGUUGGAAGCUUUCGGGCAUUUACCAGAAGAUCUUUGUUAAUACAAAGGAAGCAGUUAGACUUCUCUCUUUUUUUUAUUUUUUGUAUUAUUUUGUGGGGUAAAAGUCACAGAAUAUUGUGCUGCAGUAAGUAGAGUUGACAGCUUACGACAUGUAUAAUAAUGUAUACGUCUGCAAAUCAGUUGUUAAAAUUCUCAUUCUGUAUCAUAAACAUACAUUUAUUUAUUUUUUUAUCUUUGGUUAGUGCACAUUCUGAUACUGUAUGUUAGAGUAGCUUUUGUUGUAAAUACAUUAUUGCCAUGCAGGAACAUCAGGAUGCAGAGAGAGAGACAGAGACAGAAACAGACCAGCAGGUGAGAGACAGUAACACACAACAGUAUAUUUUUAAUUAAAUGUUUGUGGCUGAAAAUGACAGCAGAAAAAUUUUUUGGGGGAUAUUUUGCCUCAGUCUCAACCUUUUUAGAGUCACGAUUCAUGAUUCAGAGCCCCGACACACAAUACCAUCUAUAAAAUUAAUAGCGCAACAAAAAAUUCCAUCUUUAACACUUAAAUCCAAUUUGCAUAAUAAUUUAUAAGACCAAAGUAAAGUGAGUCAACACAGAAUCAAGUUUUUAAAAAAUGAUUUUGUUUUUAAGGAAAACAAACCUAUUCAAACUAAACAGCUAAUAUCAGCUGGUUGUGUUGACUUUUUGACCCACUCUUUACAGAAUUGUUUUAAUUCAGGCACACUGGAAAUAAGCUCUUGGUUAGACUUUGACUAGGCCCCCUGGAAAACUUUCGUUCUGGGUAUUGUAGCUAUUAAGAGAUGGAUUUGCUAGUGUGGUGCAUAUUGUGUCAUUGAAUUACACAAUAUGGAAAGAGUUCCCAAU